CCCCGCACUCCCCGCCCGACUAGACCAGCGGCCGGCGUCUUGUUCAUCUGCAGUGGCCCGACCUGUGGCCGGUCGGGGGAUGCGCUCCCCGCCGGCUCCCGGAUGCCAGGGCAGCGACUUCUCUGGCUCUACCUUUGCUGAUGGCGAGCUCCUCCCCAGGGAACCCGACUUCUUCCGGGAAGACGAGGAGGAAGCGAUGACAUUGGCCCUACCUGAAGGACCCCAGGAGUUAGACAUGGACAGCCCCAUGGAGAGCAGCCAGGGCCCAGAGGGCUCUGUCAGGAGUCCUGACGAGGAGAAGGAGCCUGAGCUGGGGGGCCUGUUCCUGCCAGAGGACAAGUCACUGGUCCUCACUCCAUCCAUGACCACAUCAGACCUUUCCACUCACUCCACCGCCUCUCUCAUCAGCAACGAGGAGCAAUUUGAAGACUAUGGCGAGGGGGAUGACGUGGACUGUGCUCCCAGCAGCCCUUGCCCCGACGAUGAGGCCAGAACCAAUGUCUACUCAGAUCUAGGAUCUUCAGUAUCUUCCAGUGCGGGACAGACCCCGAGGAAGAUGCGGCACACCUACAACAGUGAGCUGCUAGAUGUUUACUGUUCUCAGUGCUGCAAGAAGAUCAACCUGCUGAACGACCUGGAGGCCCGGCUGAAAAACCUGAAGGCCAACAGCCCCAACAGGAAGAUCUCAAGCACAGCUUUUGGACGGCAGCUCAUGCACAACAGCAACUUCAGCAGCAGCAACGGCAGCACUGAGGACCUGUUCCGUGACAGCAUCGACUCCUGUGACAAUGACAUCACGGAGAAGGUGAGCUUCCUGGAGAAAAAGGUCACAGAGCUGGAGAAGGACAGCCUGACGAGUGGGGGCCUCAAGAGCAAGCUGAAGCAGGAGAACAUGCAGCUGGUGCACAGGGUACAUGAGCUGGAGGAGAUGGUGAAGGAUCAGGAGACCACAGCGGAGCAGGCACUGGAGGAGGAGGCCCGACGACACCGCGAGGUCUACUGCAAGCUGGAGCGGGAGAAGAGCACAGAGCUGGAACUGCUCAACACCAGGGUGCAGCAGUUGGAAGAAGAGAACACAGAUCUGAGAACCACAGUGGCUCGACUCAAGUCACAGACAGAGAAGCUGGACGAGGAGCGGCAGCGCAUGUCUGACCGGUUGGAGGACACCAGCCUACGACUGAAGGACGAGAUGGAUCUUUACAAGCGCAUGAUGGACAAGCUGCGGCAGAACCGCCUGGAGUUUCAGAAGGAGCGGGAGGCUACGCAGGAGCUCAUUGAGGACCUGAGGAGAGAGCUCGAGCACCUGCAGAUGUACAAGCUGGACUGUGAGCGGCCAGGUAGGGGCCGCAGCGCAUCUGGCCUUGGCGAGUUCAAUGCCAGAGCCCGUGAGGUCGAACUUGAACAUGAGGUCAAGCGUCUGAAACAGGAGAAUCACAAGCUGCGGGAUCAGAAUGAUGAUUUAAAUGGGCAGAUCCUGAGCCUCAGCCUCUACGAGGCGAAGAACCUCUUUGCCACCCAGACCAAAGCCCAGUCUCUGGCUGCUGAAAUCGACACAGCGUCUCGAGAUGAGCUAAUGGAGGCCCUGAAGGAGCAGGAGGAGAUCAAUUUCCGCCUGAGACAGUACAUGGACAAGAUUAUCCUGGCUAUACUGGAUCACAACCCCUCCAUCCUGGAGAUCAAACACUGAGUCAGGGCUGGCUGCAGAGCGGCCGUCGGACCUGGGACCUCGGGGCAGGCCUGCCUGAGAUGAAGAUGCAGGCUUCGCCCACACUCACGCUGUAAUUGUACCUCUGACCACCCUGUGUGUGUGCUGAUGUAUGUGCAGGACUGUGCACACACAGGCAAGGAGUGAGCUUGGGGCCAUGGCUGUGGGUGACAACCCAUGGUGAGCUGUGUGUGCACUUUGUAGCCCCUUUGUGAGGGGCAGGGGCGACUGGAUGUGGGAGGAACACUCUCAGGAGUUAACAGCAAGGCCUGGAAGCUUGCAUUUAGGAUACUGAUGAAAUGAUUCUACCUCUGUGGAUAAGGGUUAGAAGAUACUCUCAGGAGACAGGUUCUCUCUCCUCCCCCACUGGAGUGGGGACAAAACUGUUACAUUCUCCAGAAUUUGGUGUCCUUGCCAGCCUUUCAGGCCACCUUUUAAGCCGGGUUUUUUUUUUUUUUUAAGCUCAGAGGAGGAAGGGGUAUUGGAGAGACCCCUACGGGCUAGCCAUCUGGGGUGCAGGUAAACAGGUCCAGUGGACCGGGCUUCCAGAGCAGCUAGUGUGCACUGUCCGUGCCUUUGGGCUGAGUCCUGCGUAGCUUUCUGUGCCCUUCCCAGUUUUGCUCUCCUGCUCCCCUUUCUGGUUUGGCUUCGUUUUGCUUUGAAGAUGGGAAAUACAAGCAGCUUUCAGCUGGUUCAGCUGGGUGGAAGGAAGAGCAAGGAGGGUCAGCGCCCAAGGCAGGUGUGUGUUACACUGGGGGGCCAAAAGGAGUGAUUGCCUGGGAGAGAGAGGUGUGUUUUCCUGGCUGCAUUGUCACAUGUGACAUGUCUGGGUUCCGCGUGUUCCUUGGGGAGGACAGGCCUAGGGAAGUGUUUCCAAGACCGACACCCUUGCCUCCAGCUUUCAGACCCACCUAGAGAUCUGGAAGGGCCCCAGUUAGAGAGCAGAUACUGCUGACUGGAGGUCCAGUGGAGAACAUCGGGAGAGCCUUAGUCUUCUGUUCUGUGAAUAUAUGAUGGGAAUUCACCCCCCUGGGGGGUGUUAAAAAUGUGAUCUGGGAGUAGGUACUGUACUGGGAGCGUUCCAGUUUAUCUCAGUUUUAUACGGCUUGUGAUUGGCUUCCUUACCCCAGCUCCUAUAAAUGCGUACGGUCUCAAGUCUUCCCCUUCAGUUUGUUUUCUUGAGCACAUCUUGUGUUAAAAGGAAGGUUUGGGCAUGUGGGGAGCCUGGUGAGCAGAAAGGCACAGUUGAAGGUAAAGAGGGGACUUGGGGUAUGUGCCCUGCUUGGCAGAGACGGAGCUGCGGCCAGUUUCAGUCCAGUCACUGUGCUUUCUUUGGCUUUUGAGAUUGCUUUUAAUCAUGUGCAUGGAGUGCAUCUCAUGCUGCACGGGUGGUGGGUGUGCCUGCUUUGUCUGGAUGAGCUGCCCCAGGAAGACAGGAAGGCCUGAUCCUGGGAUACAGGGUCUCCUUCCCUGGGGUCUGGGAAGAUAGUGAAAAGCUGUAGGGAGUCUUGUGAGAAAGAAUGGGAAAUAAACCAUGGUUUGAGGUUGGUCCAGAUACCAUGCUGGCAGAAUGCAGAGGCCAGCUGAGUGUCAGUCCUGGUCAGAGGGGCCUACUCUCAGAGGUGAGUGUUUCAGACUUGAAAUUGUAUGGUCUGUCUGCUUCACUUGUGUGCUGGUUUCCAGAGAAGGCCACAGAGGCAGAGUCACAACAUCACAGAAGAGGAAGGAAUCUCUGUCAGGGAAACAGGCGGGGAAGGAAGACUUUAGGCCCAAGUUGUAGGGCUGGAAGAGUGGACUCUUGGAGGAAAUGCUCAGGUUUGGAGACCCCUGUGGACCUGAAUGCUUGCUAUAGUAUAGGCCUCUGGAAGAAUGGUUUCUGAAUGUGGUCUGACUUCCACACAACACACCUCAGGCGAAAUCCAGCUUUUUUACUUUCCUCAGCCAGAAUACACUUAGAAAACUUUGUGUCUCCUCUGUAAGAUCAUGUUUGCUGUUUCUCAUAGUGGUGACAGUAGGUUUCUGGGUUUUUGUUUGUUUUGUUUUGUUUUGUUUUGUUUUGUUUUGUUUUGUUUUUGAGGUCUUCGUUGUAGCUCUGGCUACUGUGAGGCUCAAGGCAAUUCUCCUGUCUCAGCCUCCAGAGUGCUGGGAUUAUAGGCAAGAAUCACCACACCCAUUUUACUUUUAAAAUGCAUUUUUAAAAUGUACUGGGUUAGAAAGCCCAGGGAUCCCAGUGCCAUAUCACCUGUGGGAGGUUCUAGAACUUUGCUUGGGAAGAAUCUAAUCUCUGUUUCUGCUGCCUCCCUGGCUCGUUUUGCAGUUGUGAGCUCCCCUUUGACGUUCAUGAGUCUAGAUGUUAGACUUGGCCUUCAGUUAGAUUUGGAUUUCAGAUAAACAAGUGGUUUUAGAAUCAAGAUGUUCCAUGCCAUACUUGAUGGUUUGGAAGCUUUUUAACAUUCUGAUCCUCGAAGGUUUUAACAGUUGGUACAGGUGUGGCCAGGCCUUGGAAUGUUUUAAGUACGCCUCAGGUGACGCUAACUUAGGUCUCCUGUGAAGGAGGUGUUUCUCUUCCCAAGUUAGACAACUCCCUCAGGGAAGGGUCAGCAGUAACUUGCAAAGGUCCAGUUAGGCUGGGGGCCAUGUCCUUGUAUUCCACUGGAAUCCAAACAAAAUGAGCUACUGUCCCCCUGGUUUGUUUCCUUUUAGCUUUGAAUUAGCCAGAUUUUUUUGUUUGUUUGUUUAAGACCAAUAGUUUUCUUUGAGACUCUACAGAGGAAGUUCCUUUUGAAAAAUUUAUUUCUGAUAUACUAAAAACACAAAGUUCAAGGACCAAGCAGAAUGCCAGGCCUUGAGCCUGAGUCUGUCAGUUUGGCUAUGUGCUGGUGUCUUACGUCUGAGGCUGGAGGGCUUGGGAGUGUAGCACAGGGAUGGAGUCCCUGGCAGCAUGGAGAGAAAUUGAUGACAGGACCAGCUCUGACUUCCACAUACAACUGGUGGCACUGGGUAGCCCAGCACCUGUAUCUUCAAUGGCCUUCCCAAGUGUUGGUCAUGCACAGCUCCAGGUGGAGGCUCCUAAAACCUGUGAAAUGUCUGCUGAGUUCCAGCAGGGCUGGAGAAGCAUGCCUGUGGCCUAGAGGAUGUGUCAUUAUGCCACUAAGUGGUCCUUGCCCUGAGAGAGUCCAGUUGCUCCCACUACUCUGGAAGUCUUACCCUAGAGAGACAGGAAACAAGUGUCGGCAUUUGACUGGGCAUAGCCCAUUGGAAAGUGGAGGCAGGUAGGCAGGGAAGAGCUAAACCUUGAAAGCGGCCUCAGAUGCAGUGGCCACUUGCCUCCAUGGGUUUUGUCUGUUUCCUGAGGGUGUCCCAGUUGUUUCCCUGUCAGUGCCAAAUCAGUACCCUUCCCACACCCUGGAGACUCUAAGUUACGGUCUGAUAGUUAGUCCUGGGUUCUGAUGCUACAGGGCCUGUUGGUACAUAUCGGGCUGUGUAGGGGAUCCGGAGAUUCUACAGCAAGGCCCAAGGAAUCAGGACUUCGCUCAUCUGAGGGACAUCGGCAAUUCUGUCUGUACACAUGACUGAUGGACCUGGGAAAGAUAUAGGGUAGUCACCAGGCUGGUCACCAGAUGUCCAGUGACUCUGUGUAAGUUCAGUUGAAGCUCUUUAGGGCCUCAGUGCUGUCCCUUAUCCCCAGUCUUUUCUCCUACCCCACCCCUCACUGAGGCCCAAGGACUUCCCUCUUUGGUGGCUCCUCAGGCUGGUAUCACUAGCAUGCACUUGCUGCCAAGGGGCCUCAAGUCAGAGCAGCCAGAUCUUCACGGGGCCUCCCUGUGCUGACUUCCACCCAGGCAGAAAGCACUUGCGAUGAUGUAUCAGGAAAAAGUAGAGGUAGCUCCUUCCGGGAGGGACAGCUUUGUGGCUCUGCUGUCUUUUAGCUACUCAGCUAAGGAAUAGCCUCUUCUAGAAAAGGCUUUGUUUCUGAAAGCAUAGCAAGGUGACGGGCCUUGCCACCCUAUUCACCAGGAGCUGCGUAGCUUCGAUGUCCCUUCCUUGUGGGCUCCUCCUCUUCCCAACGUGACUGUAUUGUAGAGAUGUGUGCUCCUGAGGUACCAUCAGAGGGAAGCACCCCAGGCCACCUCUCCUACAGGCCUAAGCUCUGAUGGCCCUGUCUCGUGUUGGGACUGUCUGCUUUACUGUUCUGCACUGUUUCUUGUCUGCAUGGUUUGGGGUCCUUGUGCCUUUUUUCCCUUGUCACCACCACACAGGAUUCUCUGUUACCCACUGCCCCCUUUUGUACAUCCCCUUACUCUAUCUCCUCCCGUCCUGUGUGUACUCACGUGUACAGCCAUAUGCCUCUACUGAGGCCAGCUGGCAAACACUUUACCCCACCAGGCCCUGAUUGCCCAAAGGACUCCCCUCCCCCCACUCUGUUGACUUGGUAACUUUUGUACAGGAUUUUGUUACAAUCUUAAGCAUAGGGACCACUUAAUCCCCAUGAACCUGCAGCUACUUUAGAAGCCCUGCAUCCCAGACAAGGGUAGCUUUGUGCAGACUAGCCCCUCCCACAAACCUCUUCCUCAUGGGUUCAGAUAUUUACAGAAGACAGAUCUCCUUUAACAUGAGGCGCUGGCCCCAGCAGGGAGGUCGUAGGUCUGCAAAGCUGUGUGCAUGGCACUUCUGGAGGAAGCCCAGCCACGUGGUUUCCAAUGCUUGGCAGUACAUCUGGGUUUAGGGCCAUUGCCUCUCGUGUCUCCCCUGAUGUGUGCUGAAGGAAGUCAUUUGCCACUGUCCCUGCCUGCUGUCAUCACCUGUCCAUCCCUUCCUUGUCUGCUGGUGCUCAGACCAGAGUGCCAUUAAUCACCAGACUAAUGUCAGGACCUGCACAGGACAGAGUGUGGUGAGGACUCACGGCCUGUUGGCUCCCAGCUUCAGCUUUUCAUGUUGUGGGGCUGGGCCUUCUGGGGCCCAGGUGGAAGAAGCUCUAGGCAGAUAGGUUCUGAUUUUCCAGGGAUUACAUCUGGGGCUUUGCCCCAGAAGCCAGUAAUUGCAAAUGGCCUUAGCUUUAGGGUUGGGAUCGAGGCUUCCACUUUAGGCGCCAGGGAAAGGAGAGUGGGUUGCAGCCCAGGCCCUGAACUGUUUGUUUCCACUCUGUUCUCUCCAGAAACAGGCUUUCAGUGGUGGGCACCUUCCAAGGAACUGUAAUGUACAGACCACAGUGUAAAUAAAAAGUUGGCUUUUUGUGCCUGA